AAUUUAGAAAACCCUAUGAAAACACUGAGUACCGAGCGCCGCAAUACGCAAUAAACUCUCUGCCCUGAUACGAAAACGCUUUCAUAUACACCGUCCGAUUGAAAGCCACGUCACCGAUCCACGCGAAUUCCAGUUUCAACGGCUGAGAUCAGUGUUGCAGAAGAACUGGUGGCGAAACGAAGGAACGUUGCUGGUAACUUGGCUUUCUUCCCUAUUCUCUUCGUGCUCGAUUUUUCGGAGAGAAGAGAUUUCUGUGAAAUUCGAAUUCGAAGAUGAAGGUUUCGGAGGAGUUGAAUGUGCAUGUGGAGGAAAGCGAGAUUGUGGUUUUGAAUGAGGAGGAUGAAGCUUAUGAUGACUCUGAGGAUGAUGUAGACGAUGAAGAUGAUGAGGGAGACGAGGACGAUGACGAUGACGGAGAGGAUGAUGACGGUGAUGAGGAUGACGAUGAUGAUGCUCCCGGCGGUGGAGACGACGAUGACGACGAGGAAGAUGAAGAAGAGGAAGGAGGAGUUGAAGGUGGGCGCGGUGGUGGUGGUGAUCCUGAUGACGAUGAUGAUGACGACGACGACGACGACGAGGAAGAGGAAGAAGAGGAGGAUUUGGGAACAGAGUACCUUGUCCGCCGCACUGUAGCGGCAGCUGAGGAUGAGGAAGCAUCUAGUGAUUUUGAACCUGAGGAAGAUGAAGGUGAUGACAACGAUAACGAUGAUGGUGAGAAAGCUGGGGUUCCAUCAAAGAGAAAAAGAUCAGAUAAAGAUGGUUCAGGCGAUGAUGAUUCAGAUGACGGAGGAGAAGAUGAUGAGAGACCCUCUAAACGAUAGGGUUGGAUCCAUCUGUGCUUGAGGACUUAACAAAAGGCAAUCAUAGGUCAACAUGUUAUCCCCUGUCCUUUAAAUACAUUUCUGAUUUCAGAGAAGUGAUAAGUAGGUUCUUGGAAUUAUUAAUUUCUUGCUUUGUUGUAUUUUUAUGGUGAAUAUUACUAGGUUUACUAGUUUUUUUCAGGUGGGUGCAUAGUCAAUAGUGGGUUAUAUCGUGGUAGAUCAAAUUUUACAGGCUGAAAUUUGUAUCCUGGGUCAAUAGAUCUUGUGUAUUACUAUUUCUUAUACCCUGAAAUUGUUGGUUUUUGGUUACAAUCUUAUUGUUUUCAUUUGUUGCUA